UCCUUUUUCGUAUAAACAGGAAGUAGGAAGUUUUAGGAGAAGAAAAUACAGGAACAUUUUGUACAAAUGCUGCAUUAUUAAAUUGAGUGCAUUGUAAAGAGUAUAGAUCAAUAGUUUUAAUCAUACUGAUUAUUUUUUCACUGCAUUUUAAGUAUAUCAAAUUAUUAGCGCUAGAUCGAACAAGUGUCAAGGUAAAUUAGAUUGUUGACCACAAAGGAUAGUUGCAGAACUGUAUAAACUAUGCAAGACUAGAAGAAAUGAACAAUGACGGGAACUGUUUGGACAACUAAACAUUGAAGUAUGCCUCCUACCAGUAUUGUAUGUAUUCCAGAUAUCUCGGAAGAGGUAUCUGAUGGGAGAGUUCAGAUUGACUUCCUACUUCCUAACGGGAUGUUUUUACAGCAGAAUGUUGACUUCAAUAAACCACUAGAUCUACUUAAACAGGCUUUGUGGAAGUCAGCACAGAACUAUCCGUUGUUUGAGAGAUUAAAAGGAAAAGAUAACUACUUCUUUGAAUUCCUCAAUAGAAAUGGAGAAAAGGAGGAGGUUAGGGAUGAAAGUCUCCGCCUCAGUGACAUUCGACCAAUCGGAAAGUUUCUCCGCCUCCAAGAGAGACAGGAUAUUGAAGGAUAUCAGACAAUUGACAGACAGAUAUCGAGUCUUCUAGGCAGUAAACUUACUAUGGAAAUGCAUGCCAUGCCAAGAGUAGAGGUAGACGAUUUUAGGAAAAGGAUGUACAGUUUUGCCCUAAGCAAAGUGCCACAAAAUGAUUUCCACGCAUUAUUUGAGAACAGGUAUCCUUUACAACUUCGUAGUAGCGAUCACUUGCCGGAUGAACUGAAGAAAAAACUGAACAACGGUUACCUUGUCGUCUCCGUACGAAUACAAGAAGCCAAUACAAAGUUUCUGAUUCAAUCACAUGUAACAGAAUGCCCUGAUAUCAUCAUAGACAAUGCCGUCUGUAAGUGGCAUAACCGUUCACUAAGAAACUCCUAUGACUUUGUACUGAAAGUGGUAGGACAAGAAGAUUAUUUGUAUGGUAAAACUGCUCUACAGCAAUUCAAGUAUAUGUACACAUGUAUUCAACGGAACAUGGCCCCUGAGUUUUGGUUGGUCAACAAAUAUUCCAUCCUCAAAGUAGAUCCAAAUCAGCACAUAAGACCUGUACCGAGAUUAUCUGGACAGCAUAAUAUAAAUAGACAUCAAGACGAUCUCGUGUGGGACAUUGAGGAUAAUUUUGAGUUUCAGGUGAAGGGAAUACAGAAUAUUGAGAUUACUUCUGACCAAGUGAAAGACAACAUUGACAAGGUUAAGCUGUUUGUAGGGUUGUAUCAUGGUAGUGAAGUACUGGGGGAUGUUAAAACCACAAACGAGAUGCCAGUAUUAGGUGGUAAUUGUAAUAUUGGAGCGACCUUGACCUUUGACCUUCAGGUCAUGGAUGUUCAGACAGCCAGCAGACUGUGCUUUACUCUACACGGAAGGAUGAGGGGGGCAAAGAGUUUGAAUCCAAUAGCUUGGGUAAACAUUCCAGUGUUUGAUUUCCGGUCUCGACUGUUGGUUGGGGAACACAAGUUAGCCAUGUGGCCAGUCACGGCUGAAUUGCAAUUAGAAGAGACUGGUUGCUAUCCACUAGGAAGUGUGUCAUUGAACCCCCAUAGCACUAUCAUGUUAACUGUCCAAUUCUCUGAAUAUAACAGAAAUCCACCCAUUGUGUUCCCAUCCGAUGAAAAGAUUAAUGAACUAGCUGCAGAGAACAUGGAAAGGCCCGGAACACCAGGACAUCCUGACUGGCAUCCACCAAAGAAGAUGGUUCGCCUGCUAGAUGAUAUACUGAGCUCGCGACAGUGGGACUGUCUACAUGAACAAGACAAAGACUUAGUCUGGACUAUGAGAGUGGAGAUACGAGAGAAAAAUGCACAAGCCUUGCCUCUCGUGUUGAAAUCAGUGAAAUGGCAUAAUCAUAUAGAUGUUGCUAAGAUGCAGAUUUUGUUAAAUUCAUGGGGUCAGAAGAUACCUGUUGAUCAUGCUUUAGAAUUGCUAGAUUUUAACUUUCCUGACAAAAAUGUACGAAGAUAUGCCGUGGACUGUUUACAAGAUCUCAGUGAUGAUGAAGUGUCACUUUAUCUACUACAACUUGUUCAAGCUUUAAAGUAUGAAAAUUAUUUAUACUGUCCACUGUCGGAGUUUCUUCUCGAACGUGCACUCAGGAAUCAACAUAUCGGCCAACAACUGUUUUGGCUUCUAAAGUCUGAGCUACAUAACCCAAUUGUUACAGUGAGAUUUGGUUUGCUGUUAGAGACAUAUCUCAAAGCCAGCCCAGACCAUUUGAUUGUGUUAUACAAACAGUUUGAUGCCCUCAAUAAACUCAAUGCCCUCAGUCAACUCAUAAAGUCGGAGAAAAUUGUGACCACUAAUGAGGUAUGUCUUAUCGAAUUUGGAUUUUUAUUCAAAACUGGAGACAACACAGACCAGUGUAAGUUCAUGGACUCAAAGAAGCGCCCCCUAUAUCUUGUUUGGUCUAACGAGGAUGAUGAAGGCCAAGAAAUCCAUAUUAUCUACAAAAAUGGGGAUGAUUUAAGACAAGAUAUGUUAACUCUACAAAUGCUUCAAGUAAUGGACAGUAUUUGGCAAGCAGAGAAUUUAGAUCUAAGGAUAAAUGCAUAUGGGUGUAUAGCAACAGGGUUUGAACAGGGUAUGAUAGAGGUUGUACGACGAUCAGCGACUCUUGCUAAGAUACAGAAACAAAAAGGGGCUUUUGACAAGAAGACACUUUAUGAAUGGUUAAAGGACAAAAACAAGACAGAAUCCGAACUAGAAACUGCUAUAGAGGAAUUCACAUUAUCAUGUGCUGGUUACACGGUGGCCACAUAUGUGCUGGGUAUUGGGGAUAGACACAAUGACAAUAUAAUGUUAAAGGAGACGGGGCAGCUAUUUCAUAUUGACUUUGGCCACUUUCUUGGAAAUUUCAAGUCAAAAUUUGGUUUCAAGCGGGAACGAGUUCCGUUUGUUUUAACGCCACAUUUCUAUUAUGUCAUCACUAAAGGAGAAUCGGAGAAAGACAAUUACAAAAAGUUUGAAGAAUACUGUGUAAGAGCUUAUCUUGUUUUACGGCGACGAGGACACCUCUUGAUCCGACUAUUUAUGAUGAUGUUGAUGUCUGGCAUACCUCAGUUAACCUCUGUCAGUGACCUUGACUAUCUCAAAGAAACAUUAGCAAUUAACCUCUCUGACGAAGCUGCAAUAAAACAAUUGAAGGGUAAAAUGAACGAGUCCCUGAGUUCAAUAUUUACUCAGAUCAACUGGAAAUUCCACUUAAUGGUACAUUAAAAGUAGUGCAAAAGCAAAUUUAGAGUUGCGUACUUCAAGUGACUUUGAGGAAAAGGUUCAAGGACUUUUUAAUGAAGUGGCUAGCUAAAUAUCUAUCAUAACUUGUUUGCUUCCUAGGAAAAGCUCAAAACAGUGCAGUGAGUUAAACAUACUAGACAUUGUACCAUUUUGCAUGGGUUGAUUUUUCAAUUUCAAUGAUAUAGUGCAAAAAAACAAGAACAUAGAAUGAUUCGGUCAGGAGCGAAUCCUAUUUUAUUGCAUGGCUUCCUACAUGUAAAUAGCUUUACUGAUAGAAAUUAUUAGUGAGAUGAUAAAAUGUUUGAUUUAUAAACAUUUCAAUUACUUUUUUAGCUCGACUAUUCGAUAAGAAUAAGUAGAGCUAUUGUAGUCACCUGAGCGUCGGCGUCUGUGUCUUCGUCGGCGUAAGCACUUGUGUUAAAGUUUUUGUAAUACCUCAAGUAUUUUCAAAGUCCAUUGACAUAUGGCUUUGAAACUUUCCACACUUGUUCACCAUCAUGACUCCAACCUGUAGACAAGAGGAGAUAACUCUAUCAAGCAUUUUGACAGAAUUAUGCCCCCUUUUCGACUUAGAAUUUGUGUUAAAGGUUUUGUAAUACCUCAAAUAUUUUCAAAGUCCAUUGACAUAUGGCUUUGAAACUUUGCACACUUGGUCACCAUCAUGACCCAACCUGUACACAGAAGGAGAUAACUGUAUCAAGCAUUUUGACAUAAUUAUGCUCCUUUUUCGACUUAGAAUUUACGAUCAAGUUUUUGUAAUACCUCAAAUAUUUUCAAAGUCUGUUGACAUAUGGCUUUGAAACUUUGCACACUUGGACACCAUCUUGACCCCAACCUGUAGACAGGAGGAGGUAACUGUAUCAAGCAUUUUUACAGAAUUAUGCCCCUUUUUCGACUUAGAAUUUAUGUUUAAGUUUUUGUAAUACCUCAAAUAUUUUCAAGGUCCAUUGACAUAUGGCUUUGAAACUUUGCACACUUGUUCACUGUAUCAAGCAUUUUUAUUUACUAUCAAGCACUAAGAAUAGUUGAGCGUUGCUGUCCUACCGACAGCUCUUGUUUGUUGUAUCUGAACAUAUUUUAUAAAACAAGAACAAAUUUUACAAGAACUAUUCCUUGCAAUGGUCAUUUCCGUUAGAUACUUUUCCAUGUAGCAAUAUCAUGCUUGUAAGUGAAAGAUAUUGCUUGUGUUAGAAAGAUAUUACUUGUGGUAGAAAUAUAUCACUUGUGUAGAAGGCGUGUUACCUUUUGCAUUUUUAACUUAUAAAAUGAUAUAAUAUUGUGCCAUGUUGCCAUAGAAUUGAAUAUUACACAACGAUAUACAUGCAGAGAGAUUGUCAGAUUCAUCGUAAUCAUUUUGCUACAUUUUCAUGUUCAUCUCUUUUGUUUACAAAAUAAUAAAAUCAGGUAUUAUUAAUUUUUUGCAUAUCUAAAUUUUGUUUCAAUAUAUUGUCGAUAUUUACUCUUCGAUAUAUCAAUAAUUUUUUU